UUCGGGAAGGAUCUCUGGCUUCAGUGCAUUCUCUUCCUGUGUCUCACUCCAACUAAAAACGGUCUGUGAAGCAAAAUAAAAAAGAUACAUAUAAAAAAACAACCGAGGCCGAGACACGAUCGAUCUGAUGUUGUAAAGAGAGCGACGCCGAUUGAGCCAUGACUUCCAAGGAGGGAAGAAGCAUGUCUCGCCUGUCUCUGACCCGCUCUCCAGUGUCUCCUCUGGCUGCACAGGGCAUCCCUCUUCCUGCUCAGCUGACUAAAGCCAAUGCCCCCGUCCACAUCGAUGUAGGAGGACACAUGUACACCAGCAGCUUGGCUACACUCACAAAGUAUCCAGAUUCAAGAAUCAGUCGGCUGUUUAACGGCACCGAGCCGAUCGUGUUGGACAGUCUGAAACAGCACUACUUUAUUGACCGGGAUGGAGAGAUUUUCCGUUACAUUCUCAGCUACCUUCGCACCAGCAAACUGCUCCUUCCUGAAGACUUCAAGGAGUUCCAGCUGCUGUAUGAGGAGGCACGUUAUUACCAGCUGAGUCCUAUGGUGAAAGAGCUGGAGCGCUGGAAGCAGGAGCGAGAGCAGCGGCGUAAGGGUCAGCCCUGUGAAUGCCUGGUGGUGCGUGUGACCCCUGAUCUUGGCGAGAGGAUCGCGCUGAGUGGAGACAAAGCUCUCAUCGAGGAGAUCUUCCCUGAGACGGGCGAUGUCAUGUGCAACUCUGUCAACGCUGGCUGGAACCAGGACCCGACUCACGUUAUUCGCUUUCCCCUGAACGGAUACUGCAGACUCAAUUCCGUACAGGUGCUGGAGAGAUUGUUCCAGAAAGGCUUCACCAUGGUGGCAUCGUGUGGCGGAGGUGUGGACUCGUCUCAGUUCAGCGAGUACAUCCUCAGUCGGGAGGACAGACGCUGUCAGAGCAUCCACACACCCAUCCGGAUAAAACAGGAGCCGUUGGACUAGAACUAACUCCUCCGUCAGAAGAUCUGCUGUGGACUGGGAGCUGGGUGUGUUCUUCUCCGCUGGCUCAGUGGACUACUUUUAGGAGCCCAUUGUGAUGGAACUCGAUACAACUCGACUUGACUGAACUCAAGCCUCAGUAGAGGGACAUGUUUAAAAGGCCAAGAUUGCAUACUGUAUAAUUUGGUCUUCCACUCCCAUUAACACUGUUGGUAUAAUAUUCAGUCAUGACCUUGUUUGUGUUUAAAACAAAAAUCUUUUUACACAAUAAUCCACGUUCCAGUUUUUCCAUCUCCACUGUGGACCAUCUCCUGCUCCAGUCUUCUGUAAAUCAGAUCCUUGCAUGUUUUUCCAAGAGCAGAGGCAUUUUUAUGAUGAUUGUGGAGUGGAGAAGUGCUUUCUGGCUGGCUGGUAUUGUGGGCAAAGCCAUAUUCCAUAGUCAUAUUUUUUUUCUUUAUCCUCUGAUGCUGCAAUAGCGACAUCCUCACUGCGAUGGAGCGUUUCCUUCUAAUCUCCUGCUGCUUAGUGACCUUCACCAUGACAGGAAUAGUUCCUGAAUGCUUUACCUGAAGUGUUCUAGAUGUGUGUGUCACGUCACACAGAUCUACACUUUACAGAAAUCCAAUUCAAUAAUCAUCCAAGCCAUGUGUAUUGGUACAUCUGUAGUUCAGAGGUAGGAGAGGGACUGCUUACAACACAGCCACAGGAAAGUGUGUCUAAACCUACGCCCAGAGCAACAGCUUACAUCCAACAGCAAACAUCGAUCCUGCAGGAAAGUGUGUUAGCCGUCUGAAAAACACAACGAUUUGGUCCAAUCAGAUUUACCCAACAUUUUUUAUGUGGUUUAAGCGAUUUCAAAUCUUACUUAUAGUAGUUGUUGCACGUUUCAUAUUCCAUCAUAUUUAAUGAUUUCAUAUUAAAAACAUAGAUGAUUAUGGUUCCCAGGCAUUCUAAUAUCGAGAGACCAACAAAUUGCAUGGUCUCUCUCUGGGUGGAAGGGAUAGAAUUACUCUCAGCCACGUCAAUCAGAGCCAUACUAGCCAAUAGUGAGCCAUCUUGUACGCAUCAGAGGGCAGUUAGUGAUCUCCGAGUGUGUUCAGCCACCCAGCAAUUAUGAAAAGAUGCGCUGGCUUCAUGAAUAUAGCAUGUAGGACUUGACAAUGGCAUAAAAUUAGCUUUUAAUGAUCCAUAGAAAAAUAUGCAUGAUGGAUCUCUUCAUUGCUGCCCUAAAGGUCCCAGAGUAUGCAAGAAUUAUUGCAAGUAGUCUAGAUUGUCAGUACUCUGGCUAUGAAAUCAGUAACCCAGGAUUAUUUAUUUUGGCAAGUUUGGCUACUUUCUACGGCCCAGAACAUGAUAAAAGCCAUGAGUCAACGUAACUACGAUGAUAACAGCCGUUUCAAUCAGGUGGCUCCCUGAAAUUCAAAUUCCCUCUUUCAGCUUUGUGUAUUCAAACAAAGAAAGGAACAACAUGCUCAUGCUGCUUGGCGAGACCACAACCAAACAUCCUCUGGAGACGCACUUGCCUGUACGUUCUCCUGAUGGAGGCAGCUUUAGGUGGAUAAUUCUGUUCACUAAACAAAUGCUUGACUCUACUGCAGCAGUACAGGGAUUAGUGUGCAGCUCAAGGCUUCUUUAGGGCUCCGGGAGAAAAACCACGGGUCAGAGAGAAGCCAACCUCCUCUUCCGAACACCCCCCAGGAGCCGAGGUCACUUUCCCACAAUCCAUUUAGUCAGCCAAUCCUCCCCAGGCUAACAAAGGCCCAGUCACGAUGUGGGGGAAGAAUAAUCAGGAAAGGUUACUUAUGUGGCAGGAAAACACCGGAUGAUGCUUAAUGUGUUGUAAAAGUACACAUUUAAUAAACAGAAUGUUUUUCAGGGCGUUCUCCACAGAAACGGACGGCGGGGGCGAAGGUCAGCGAAAUGCCAACACACACUACACGAUCACACGCUGAGUGUUAGAGCAGAAAGACAGAAUGAACUGCUGAGACCGGGGAGCUCGUUAUGCUUUGUUAUUCUUCAAAAUUGUUCUAUCUCUGCGAUCGUGUGGGAUGUUUUGGCGGCUUGAUGAAGCCCUUUAGCAAAUACACAAAAUAAAUCUUUACUCCAGCUGUACAGUUCUUAACCACAGCCUCAGAAGCGGAUCUGGGAGCUCACCCUCGGACUUCCAACUGCGGGAAAACGAAAUUCUAUUUAAACGCUCUUUUAAUCGGUGUUGUGUCAAAUGUAUAAUUACAGUAAGGUGAAAAUUUAUGUACAUUAUUUAAAUAAAAUCAACUUUUUGUUAACGGACAA